GUAGAAGCCGAAGUCAGCAAAUCUCCCGCAUUGGGACGAACGCAAGCAUGGCCGCGACCAACACAGUAUCAUGCGAGGACAUCACGGACACCCUGAAAGAGAUGAGAGCAAUAGAUGACAAAAUCAUCUAUGAGCUUAAUCUUGCAACUCCAACACAAUCUUUCCGGAAUGAGGUUGACCCCAGGAUACAUUGCAAAACCCUCUAUGAUCAACUGGAUAACACAUACCAGCGAAGAGGAGCGCUAAUUGAACAGUGCAUGUCCGAAGCGCGAGAAAAGGUUCGCCAGAUGAGGGAGGAUAUGGCAACCAAAAGGGAUGAUGCCAAGUUCAUGAGAAGUCUGCGUAAUGAACAGAGCAAGAUCCGAGAACUGCAGAAUGAAUCAACCAUUGAGGAGAUUGUUAGAGAACGCAGCUUAAAGGUCUUCGAGGAGAGGUGCCGACAGUUCUACAAGCCCGAAAAGAGUGACUGAUCCAUAGGGGAUGAGAUGUAUAGGUGCAAGUGAAGGCAGAGUACAAGACUUUCCUGACACAGUCUUCUAGGGGAUGGAAAGAGAACUGCUGUCUGUUAUUUUGGGGGUCGACUAAUAUCAUCGGGUGGAACAUGGUUAUUCCAGUGGGAUUAUAAUUUUUUUUCUUUUAUUGUACACAUUAAUAUUAGUUUUGUAGAGGAACUGUCUGUUAAAGCAGCUAGGUUCUUGUUAAACCAUUUUUUUCUGAAAUGUAUAGAUAAUGACCAACAUUUAGCCUUAAAGUAAAGACCUGCAGCAUAUUUCAUGUCAUAGAACGAAUUUCUGCAUUACUCAUGUCAUCAUUGAACUCAUGUUUGUUAUUUACCUUUUUUUAUUGAGAUGAUCAAUGUGUAUAUAGUAAAGUUGAUGUGAAAA